AUGCCUGAGCUUGCCAAGUCCGCUCCUGCCCCGAAGAAAGGCUCCAAGAAGGCGGUGACCAAGGCUCAGAAGAAAGACGGCAAGAAGCGCAAGCGCAGCCGCAAGGAGAGCUACUCCGUAUACGUGUACAAAGUGCUGAAGCAGGUCCACCCGGACACCGGCAUCUCGUCCAAGGCCAUGGGCAUCAUGAACUCGUUCGUUAACGACAUCUUCGAGCGCAUCGCGGGCGAGGCGUCGCGCCUGGCGCAUUACAACAAGCGCUCGACUAUCACCUCCAGGGAGAUCCAGACGGCCGUGCGCUUGCUGCUGCCCGGCGAACUGGCCAAGCACGCCGUGUCUGAGGGCACCAAGGCUGUCACCAAGUACACCAGCUCCAAGUGA